AUGUCAUAUCUUUUGUUUAAAGAUAACAUCCGUGCAUCUGCUGUCUGCAAGGCAUGGCGUAAAGCCGCUGAGUAUGUUCGGGUUGUUGAAAAGCAUCCAUGGGUUAUCUCCAUUUCUUACUGUGGUAACUUGAUUGAUUUCUUCGAUCCUUUACAGUGGAAAAAGUACACACUGAAUCUGCCCGAGAUAGCUGAAAGCUUUGUUAGUUAUUCGAAAAAUGGCUGGUUACUUAUGCGCAGAAAAAGCUUUGUGGACUUGUUCUUCUUCAAUCCGUACACUCGGGAGAUCAUAAAAUUGCCAAAGUAUAACUUGUUACUUCAGAAGAUUGCUUUCUCUUCUGCCCGUACAUCGGAUACUUGUGUGUCCGUGACCAACAUCGUCUAUGCCAAUGGUCACUUUUUUUAUUUUGCCGAAGGAAUUUUAUUUGACUUUGAUCCAGCUUCCCGCACACUAAAUCAUCAAGCCUGGGACGAAUAUAGACGCCCUCAUAAGGAUAAUGAUGAAUCGUCCAGAAAGGAGGAGAUAAGUAAUGAUAUACUUGACGGCUUAACAAUCUUUGUGAGUCGCUACUCCUCUGAGACGAGAAUGGAUGUUUUAGGGAUGAGGAACAGCGUGUAUUUAGCGAAGUAUAUUGUUCAUCCAGCAUGUAGUGUGAAUUUUACUCGUUUCGUAAAGGCAGGCAGUAUUCGGGUCAGCUUCUAA